AUGGUUUCUCGUUCCACCACCCUCUCUCUUUAUCUCCUCAUGUACCUAUCUUUCUUCGCCUUCUUCUCUCGGUCUGAAUCUAAAUCUGAAUCUCACACACCCAAAGUUUCCUUAGAAUUGUACUAUGAAAGCUUGUGCCCCUACAGCGCCAACUUCAUCGUCAAUUUCCUUCCUAAAAUCUUCACCGGCGACCUCGCCCCCGUCGUUGACCUCAAACUCGUUCCUUGGGGCAAUGCAAAACUGCGACCCAACGCCACCUUCGAUUGCCAGCAUGGACCGUACGAGUGCUUGCUGAACACCGUUGAAGCCUGUGCAAUUAACACCUGGCCUAAACUGAGCAAGCAUUUUCUGUUCAUCUACUGUGUCGAGGAUCUGGUGUAUCAGCGAAAGCGUGACGAGUGGGAAUCUUGCUUUGAGAAAUUGCAUCUGGAUUCCGAACCUAUUAAGCAGUGUUAUAAUGGUGAGCAGGGAAAACAGCUCGAGCUACAAUAUGCAGCUGAAACAAAUGCUCUGCAGCCUCCUCACAAGUAUGUUCCAUGGGUAGUUGUAGAUGGAGAACCACUCUAUGAGGAUUAUGAAAACUUCUUAAGCUAUAUUUGCAAGGCUUAUAAAGGCACUCAUACACCCCGAAGUUGCACCCAAGCAUCAUACAUUACAGAAGUGAAAGCAACUAAGCAUUCAGUUUGCGACAAGGAAGGAGGGAUGGGAAGAUGGGGAAAAGUGAGUUCAACCAUUGCAUCAUGGUUGCACCAGAUGAACCUUGGUGAUGCAAUUUAG